AUGGCUUUGAAGCCUCAGGAGCUGGAUCACAGCAAGCGAAAGACAAAGGUCGUCGCUAGCCUGGGCCCGGCCUCCUGGAGUGAGGAGAUGAUCCCCAAGAUGAUCGAAGCUGGAACCGACAUCUUCCGCUUGAACUGCUCACACCGCCGUGGUGGCGACUUCGAGCGCGUCUACCCCCUUAUCAGGAAGUACGCGAGGAUGCUUGGCCGACGCGUUGAGGUACUGGGAGACCUGCAGGGGCCCAAGUUCCGUGUUGGCGAGUUGGCUGGGGACCCCGUUCCUCUCGUGGAUGGUGAGGUUGUGGAGUUCGGCAUCUGCAAGGACGACAACGACCUCAUCAAGCCUGGGCGCAUCACAAUGAAGCCGACCAAGGAACAGCUUGCACUGGUGAAGGCAUGCAAGGUGGGGAUUGAUCUGCUCAUUGAGGAUGGCAUCAUGAAGGUGAACGUCGUAGAGAAGGUUUCUGACACCGAGCUGAAGGUGAAGGUCGUCCGCGGCGGCAAGCUCAAGGCCCGCAAAGGCGUGAACGUGCCCGACUGCGAGAUCGACUGCGCGGCCCUGACGGAGAAGGACAUCGAGGAUGCGGAGUACCUGCUUCAGCUGGACCCGCCGGUGGAGUACAUCUGCGUGUCCUUUGCCCAAAAGGGUCAAGAUCUGCAGGAGCUUGUCGACAUCAUGGAUCGCCUCAAGGUUCCGGCCGAGAAGCGGCCGAAGAUCUGCCCCAAGAUCGAGAAGCCGCAAGCCCUGACGAACAUCGAGGGCAUCAUCGAGAAGUCUCAGGCCCUCAUGGUGGCCAGGGGCGACUUAGGUGUGGAGCUUGAGCUGGAGCGGGUCCCCUUCGCCCAAAAGCUGCUCAUCGCUCGUGCCAAGAAGGCCGGCCUCUUCGUCAUCAACGCUACGCAGAUGGUGGAGAGCAUGAUCGAGAAUCCCGUGCCCACCCGGGCAGAGGUGAGCGACUUGCAGAAUGCCGUCUUCGACGGCUGCGACGCCGUGAUGCUCUCUGGCGAGGCUGCCAGCGGGAAGUUUCCAUGCGAGUCCGUCAAGGCUGAGGCCGAUGCGGCCCUGGAGGCAGAGACGGUCCGCGACUUCCUGAAGCCGCAGGUGCUGGAUGGGGUCGUCGUCGAUGAGGCCAACAAGCCCAGGGAGCUGGAUGACAGCAAGCGGGCGACCAAAGUCGUUGCGUCCCUGGGCCCGGCCUCCUGGAGUGAGGAGAUGAUCCCCAAGAUGAUCGAAGCCGGAACCAACAUCUUCCGCUUAAACUGCUCGCACCGCCGCGGCGGCGACUUCGAGCGCGUCUACCCUCUGAUCCGCAAGUGCGCCAAGGAGAUGGGGAAGACCGUCGAGUGCCUGGGUGACCUCCAGGGGCCCAAGUUUCGCGUGGGCGAGCUGGCGGGAGACCCCGUGGAGCUGAAAAACGGCGACGUCCUGGAGUUUGGCAUCUCCAAGGAUGACAAUGACAACAUCCGCCCUGGGCGCAUCACCAUGAAGCCCACGACAGAGCAGACGGCUUUGGUGAAGGAUGGAAUCAUGGAAGUCAUGGUCGUGGAGAAGUGUUCUGAGAGCGAGCUGAAGGUGGAAGUGACGCGAGGCGGCAAGCUCAAGGCCAGGAAGGGCGUGAACGUGCCAGACGUGGAGAUCGACUGCGCGGCCCUGACAGAGAAGGACAUCGAGGACGCGGAGUUCCUGCUGAAGCUGGAUCCCCCCAUCGAGUACAUCUGCGUGUCCUUUGCCCAGAAGGGCCAAGAUCUGCAGGAGCUCAUCGACAUCAUGGACCGCCUCAAAGAGAAGCCCCAGGCCUUCACGAACAUCGAGGGCAUCAUCGAGAAGUCUCAGGCGCUGAUGGUGGCCCGUGGCGACUUGGGGGUGGAGCUCGGGCUCUGCCGAGUACCGUUUGCACAGAAGCUGCUGAUCCAGCGCGCCAAGCAAGCUGGGCUUUUCGUGAUCACCGCCACGCAGAUGGUGGAGAGCAUGAUUGAGAACCCAGUGCCGACUCGCGCAGAGGUGUCCGAUCUCAUGAACGCGGUCUGGGACGGCACCGAUGCCGUGAUGUUGUCUGGUGAGGCAGCCAGCGGCAAGUAUCCGUGCGAGGCGGUCAUGGCCGAAGCAUCCGCGACGCGCGAGGCAGAGACCGUGAAGCACCGCUUGCAGCAGGCCUGCCCCUUCGUGGCCAUCAACAGCAAGAUGCCGCUGCGCCCGCCGAAGAUGCUGAACUGCGGCAUGGGCCUGAAGAGGCAGGAAACGGACCACAGCAAGAGGAAGACCAAGGUCGUCGCUAGCCUGGGACCUGCCUCUUGGAGCGAGGAGAUGAUCCCCAAGAUGAUCGAAGCCGGCACCGACAUCUUCCGCCUGAACUGCUCCCACCGCCGCGGCGGCGACUUCGAGCGCGUCUACCCCCUGAUCCGCAAGGCGGCCAAGGAGCUCGGCAAGAAGGUGGAGUGCCUCGGCGACUUGCAGGGGCCAAAGUUCCGUGUGGGAGAGCUUGCUGGCGAUCCAAUCCCGCUGAAGGAUGGGGAGGUCCUGGAGUUUGGCAUCUGCAAGGAUGACAACGACAUGAUCCGGCCCGGACGCAUCACCAUGAAGCCCACGACGGAGCAGAACGCCCUGGUUCGAGCUUGCAAACCUGGCACUCCCUUGCUCCUCGAAGAUGGCAUCAUGGAGGUCAAGGUGGUUGAGAAGUGCUCCGACACGGAGCUCAAGGUGCAGGUGGUCCGUGGAGGCAAGCUGAAGGCCCGCAAGGGCGUCAAUGUGCCGGAGGUGCAGAUCGAUUGCGCGGCCCUGACGGAGAAAGACAUCGAGGAUGCGGAGUUCCUGCUGAAGCUGGACCCCCCCAUCGAGUACAUCUGCGUGUCCUUCGUGCAGAAGGCCGAGGACCUUCAGGAGCUGAUCAACAUCAUGGACCGGCUCCAGAUCCCUCAGGAGAAGCGGCCCAAGAUUUGCCCCAAGAUCGAGAAGCCUCAGGCCCUGACCAACAUCGAGGGCAUCAUCGCCAAGUCCCAGGCGCUAAUGGUGGCCCGGGGCGAUCUGGGUGUGGAGCUGGAGCUGGAGAGGGUGCCCUUUGCGCAGAAGCUCUUGAUCCGGAGAGCGAAGGAUGCCGGGCUUUUCGUCAUCAAUGCCACGCAGAUGGUGGAGAGCAUGAUUGAGCAGCCAGUGCCUACUCGUGCGGAGGUCAGCGACCUGCAGAACGCCGUCUGGGACGGAGCGGAUGCUGUCAUGCUCAGCGGGGAGGCGGCCAGCGGCAAGUACCCCUGCGAGGCCGUGCGCGCUGAAGCAGAUGCCGCCCUGGAAGCCGAGAGCGUGAAGCACCUCCUCGUCCCCCAGGUCUAUGACGACUACGUCGUGGAUGAGGCGAACAAGCCGCGUGAGCUGGAUGACAGCCGAAGGAGGACGAAGAUCGUGGCCAGCCUUGGCCCUGCAUCCUGGAGCGAUGACAUGUUGGCCAAGAUGAUUCAGGCUGGUACGGACAUCUUCCGCCUGAACUGCUCACACCGGAGAGUCUACCCUGCCAUCCGGCGCCACUCGAAGGAGCUCGGCGUCAACGUCGAGUGCCUGGGUGACCUGCAGGGCCCUAAGUUCCGUGUUGGCGAGCUUGCGGGUGACCCGAUCGAGCUGAAGAACGGCGACGUGCUGGAGUUCGGAAUCUGCAAGGACGACAACGACCUUAUCAAGCCUGGCCGGAUCACCAUGAAGCCCACCGUCGAGCAGAAUGCCCUGGUGGAAGCCUGCAAGGUCGGCACGUUGCUGCUCAUUGAAGACGGGCUCAUGGAAGUGAAGGAGAAGAUCUCUGCCACGGAGCUGAGGGUCGAAGUGACCCGAGGUGGGAAGCUGAAGGCCCGCAAGGGCGUCAACGUGCCCGACUUGGAGAUCGACUGCGCCGCCCUGACAGCGAAGGACAUCGAGGACGCAGAGUAUCUUCUGCAACUGGAGUACAUCUGCGUGUCCUUCGUGCAGAAGGGCCAAGAUCUUCAGGAGCUGAUUGACAUCAUGGACCGCCUGAAGAUCCCGCCGGAGCGCCGCCCGAAGAUCUGCCCCAAGAUCGAGAAGCCUCAGGCCCUGACCAACAUCGACGGGAUCAUCGCCAAGUCCCAGGCGCUGAUGGUGGCCCGGGGCGACCUGGGCGUGGAGCUGGGCUUGAACCGGGUGCCCUUUGCGCAGAAGCUUGGCAGCCCACUGGUGAAGCUGCUCAUCGCACGGGCCAAGCAGGCCGGUCUCUUCGUGAUCAACGCCACCCAGGUGGUGGAGAGCAUGAUCAAGAAUCCCGUGCCCACCCGUGCAGAGGUCAGCGAUGUGUGCAACGCUGUCUGGGAUGGAGCGGAUGCCGUGAUGCUGUCUGGGGAAGCAGCCAGCGGCGACUUCCCAUGCGAAGCAGUGAUGGCUGAAGCCUCCGCAGCGCGAGAGGCGGAAUCCGUGAAGCAUCGCCUGAGACGCGCAUGCCCGCCCGUGGAAUCCGGCGCAAUCGUUGCUCCAAUGCUGCACGUGAGCAUGGGCAACAAGAAGCAGGAAACCAAUCACUCCCUUCGCAAGAGCAAGGUUGUGGCAAGCCUGGGCCCGGCAUCCUGGAGCGAGGAGAUGAUCCCCAAGAUGAUCGAAGCCGGCACCGACAUCUUCCGCCUGAACUGCUCCCACCGCCGCGGCGGCGACUUCGAGCGCGUCUAUCCGCUGAUCCGCAAGGCGGCCAAGGAGCUCGGCAAGAAGGUGGAGUGCCUCGGCGACUUGCAGGGGCCAAAGUUCCGUGUCGGAGAGCUUGCUGGUGAUCCCAUCCAGCUCAACAACGGUGAUGUUCUGGAGUUCGGCAUCAGCAAGGAUGACAACGACAACAUCAGGCCCGGGCGCAUCACCAUGAAGCCCACAACGGAGCAGAAUGCCUUGAUCGCCGCCGCUAAGGUGGGAACCGACCUCCUGCUGGAAGAUGGCAUCAUGAAAGUGAAUGUCGUUGAGAAGCUCAGCGACACCGAGCUGAAAGUCAAGGUCGUCCGCGGGGGCAAGCUCAAGGCCCGCAAGGGGGUCAACGUGCCAGAUGUGGAGAUCGACUGCGCCGCACUCACCACCAAGGACAUCGAGGAUGCGGAGUUCCUGCUGCAGCUGGAUCCCCCCAUCGAGUACAUCUGCGUCUCCUUUGUGCAGAAAGGACAGGACCUGCAGGAGCUCAUCGACAUCAUGGACAGGCUCAACAUUCCGCAGGAGAAGCGGCCCAAGAUUUGCCCCAAGAUCGAGAAGCCGCAGGCCCUGACCAACAUCGACGGGAUCAUCGCCAAGUCCCAGGCUCUCAUGGUGGCCCGGGGCGACCUGGGUGUGGAGCUGGAGCUCGAGAGGGUGCCCUUUGCGCAGAAGCUCUUGAUCCGCAAGGCCAAGGACGCUGGACUCUUUGUCAUCAACGCCACGCAGAUGGUCGAGAGCAUGAUCGAGAACCCUGUCCCGACCAGGGCAGAGGUCAGCGAUCUCCAAAACGCCAUCUGGGACGGUGCCGAUGCAGUGAUGCUUUCCGGAGAGGCCGCCAGCGGCAAAUACCCUUGCGAGUCUGUGGCAGCGGAGGCGGCGGCUGCCCUCGAGGCCGAGUCAGUGAAAGAUUUGCUGAUGCCACGCCUGGGCAUCGACUAUUGCUGCGACGAGGGCAACAAGCCCAGGGAGAUGGACGACUCAAAACGCCGCACCAAGGUUGUGGCAAGCCUGGGCCCGGCGUCCUGGAGCGAGGAGAUGAUCCCCAAGAUGAUCGAAGCCGGCACCGACAUCUUCCGCCUGAACUGCUCCCACCGCCGCGGCGGCGACUUCGAGCGCGUCUAUCCGCUGAUCCGCAAGGCGGCCAAGGAGCUCGGCAAGAAGGUGGAGUGCCUCGGCGACUUGCAGGGGCCAAAGUUCCGUGUCGGAGAGCUUGCUGGUGAUCCCAUCCCGCUUGAGAAUGGCGACGUUUUGGAGUUUGGCAUCAGCAAAGAUGACAAUGACAACAUCAGGCCCGGGCGCAUCACCAUGAAGCCCACAACGGAGCAAAACGCGCUGGUGAAGGGCUGCCAGGUGGGCACCACGCUGCUCAUUGAGGAUGGCAUCAUGGAAGUGAGUGUCGUUGAGAAGCUCAGCGACACGGAGCUGAAGGUGAAGGUCGUCCGUGGAGGCAAGCUGAAGGCCAGGAAGGGCGUGAACGUGCCGGACAUCGAAAUCGACUGCGCGGCCCUCACGGUCAAAGACAUCGAGGACGCCGAGUUCUUGCUGCAGCUGGACCCUCCCAUCGAGUACAUCUGCGUCUCCUUCGCCCAGAAGAAGCAAGACUUGCAGGAGCUCAUCGACAUCAUGGACAGGCUCAAGAUUCCUGCAGAGAAGAGGCCCAAGAUUUGCCCGAAGAUUGAGAAGCCCCAGGCACUGACCAACAUCGAAGGCAUCAUCGAGAAGUCGCAGGCCUUGAUGGUUGCUAGAGGUGAUCUUGGUGUGGAGCUGGGACUCAACCGCGUGCCCUUUGCCCAGAAGCUUCUGAUCAAGAAGGCUAAGGACGCCGGUCUCUUCGUCAUCACGGCCACGCAGAUGGUGGAGUCCAUGAUCGAGGCGCCCGUCCCGACGAGAGCCGAGGUCUCCGACCUCUGCAAUGCCGUGUGGGACGGUACAGAUGCGGUGAUGCUUUCUGGAGAGGCCGCCAGUGGCAAGUAUCCCUUGGAGGCCGUCAUGGCAGAGGCGUCCGCGGCCCGGGAAGCGGAGUCCGUGGAGCAUCGACUUUUUCCCGCCGCCUCAGAGGUUCGGGGCGCCAUGCAGUUCACCUGGAAAGGCUACAGGGAGAAGGCCUGGGGCCACGACGAGGUGAUGGCAGCCUCAGGCCGCAUCAAGGAUUGGUGCAAAAUGGCUAUCACCAUGCUUGAUGGCUUGUCCACUUUGUGGCUCAUGGGCUUGGAGGAAGAGUUCAACGCCGCUGCUGACUAUUUGGAGCGAGCCCACCUCCCCACCUCCGAGAAGCACGGACAGCACAGCCUCUUCGAGAUCAACAUCCGGGCCUUCGCAGGCCUGCUCUCGGCCUACUCGCUCAGUGGGAAGCAGGUCUUCUUGGACACGGCGAAGAGAUUGGGGGAGAAGCUAUUGAAGGCAUUCGACACGCCCAGUGGCAUGCCGAUGCCCACAAUCGACAUUGGCACUGGCGAAGUGGCGUCACACUCCUGGAACCAGAACGCCGUCCUGGCUGAAGUGACGACCCUGCAGGUGGAGUUUCGCUUCAUCACCCAAGUCACUGGAGAUCGUCGCUGGCAAUACGCAGCAGACAAGGAAAUAUCAGAGAAUGUGUGGCAAAUUGCUGGGGCUGUCCUGACGGCCAUCCUCAAGAUCUGCUCACUGAUUGCAGUCGGCGUGCACCUGGAGAGGCGGAAGCUGCUCAAUGGGGAGAAGCGCAAAUGCCUGUCCGCGCUAGCCAUGGACGUCUGUCUACCUUGCCUUCUGUUCACCGACGUCUUACCCGAGGCCAACUUCGCACUGCUGCUGGAGGGUUGGCAGCUGCUGCUUUGGCCGUUCGCUUACGCCUCGGUUAGCGCCGUGCUGGGGAUGCUGUGCUGCCUCGUGAUCGGCAUCCCUUCACAGCACAUGGGGGCUGCAGCAGCAUGCGCUGCGUUUCCCAAUGUCAACGGCUUCCCUGUCUCAGUGAUCAGUGCACUGGGCAAAUCUAUCCCCAAGUCUCCGGCCGGCUUCUCACCCAUGGUUUUCCUGUCCAUCAUCCAGCUCACAGAUGGCCUCCUGAAGUACACCGUGGGCCCUGCAGUCUUUCGACGGGAUAAGAGGCAGCGAGCCUCAAUGUCAGACCUGCCCCUCGGCGGGUCCCUUCACAGUAUCGAGGGCCCCGGGUCCGCGAGGCAUCUGCCAGGAACGAAGGACCUGGAUGAGCAAGGAGAUGCCCCGUCGGGCAUCUCGCUGGAAACACAGAGGACGACAGAUUUCGGCCUGACCAUGGAUCAGGUCCAUACGGUUGAGCCGGAUUGGAGCCGCUUCGAUGCCUACAAAGUGUUCUCCUCUACCGAUCCGAUGGUGUCAGCCAAGUCACAGCUUCGGGAGCCUUUUCUCAAGCGCGUGCAGGUGUCCCACCUCUUACCAAGCGCUUCUGACGUCCAGGACUUGCUGCGGCAGGUGGUUCCACCCCAGGUCAGCGCAGUGCUUCUCGCGCUGGCCAUCGGAAUGGGUCCGCCUGCAAUCAAAGAUCUGCUAGUUGGCGAGCACGGCGCCUACUUGGCGUUCGUUUUUGGCACGGCGAAGGAGCUUGGCAAGGGCUUUGUCCCGCUUCAGAUGAUCUCUCUCGGCGGCCGGAUGCUCAAUGUGGUUGCUUGGCGAAGUUGA